CCCCAUUCCUUUCAAUCCAAAUGUCUGCCAUUGAUCUCAUCGCACGUACUGCAUCCCUGAUGAUGUCUCUCUGUCCCCUUAGAUCCUCCACUGCUGCGACAAUCCUGAUGUUUUCAUCAGACCGAGCUGUUCUUCUUCCAGAACGUCCAGAUAGAAUUUCUAUCUGGGAAGCGUUCUCUAAACUGAUCAGCAACCUGCUGAAGGCUCCCACUUCUGAGCCACUCACUUACUACGAAUACUCUUUGAUCUUGGGUCAGCUGCAUGAACUUGCUAUGUUGAAUGCUUGUUCAGAAAUGUGUAUUUCGAAUAGGACAUGGUCUUGCAUAGCCAUUUUAAUCCCUCAUUGUUCAGCCAUUCAUGACAGAAAAAGUGGCACAAACCAAUUUCUGACAUGGUCACUUAAAUCUCUUAGAACUCAGUCAUCCGUGAAGAAAAAUAAACACCUUUGGUAUCAUAAGAAAAAGGACAUCAUAACCUAUCAGAUGGUAGCUUUAAAAUGUUCCUAUUAUUAUUCAUAUUUGAGAAAUAAGCAAUCUAUUGCUGGUUUCCUUUUUUUGGGACACACUAAUUAAAUGCUUGCUUCCGUGUCCUUGUAGUUGUAGUGUAUUAUAAACACGAUCCUUUAAAGGGAGUCAUGAUUCUUUAAAGUGAGUCAUUACAUAAACAAGUUGAUUAUUUCAAUAUUUUCAUGAUCAGUAUAAGUUCAAUGAACUUACAAAACGGCAUAUUUACGUAGAUGAUAACGUAUACAGUUGGAUCUCCGUAUAAAGAUUUGCCUACAUGUGUGUGGAACAAUUGAUCGCAAGCAUUUUUUUUAAUUAAUUGGCUGAGUGGGAACAGUAUCCAGUCAAAUACUUUAACCAUCAAUUUGAAACACCAAUCAAAACCAGUAGGUUCUAGCAAUUCCUG